AUGGAAACCAAGACACUCAACUGGUGUGGAUAUGAGAAAAUGGCGUGUGAAGAAGAUGCAUGUUCAAAAUACUUGACUCAUCUUGACUUUAGUGGAUACCCCAUUCCACUAAGUUGGCAAUGGGAGUUUCCCAUCCCCGAGAGUAUCUUUGAACCUAUACCUCUAAUGGAGAGCUUCCCAACUGAUCCUAUUUACACAUCAAUUGAGGAAUUUGAAAACCCAUUUCUAUGCCAAGAGGAUUUCUACAUUGGUCAUAGAAAUGGAAUCGGAAUCUGGGACGACCUGAAUUUUGGAUUUGAAGUUGAAACAGGGAAAGAGAUUAUUUUGUAUAAUGAUAAUAGUAAAGAGGCUGGUGAGAGUUUGAUAAGAGAGAAGCCAAAGAGGGUCAGGGAAGAAAAAAGUUUAGGUUCGAAUGAGUUGACCCGUAGUACCAUAUCCCGUUACUUCUACAUGCCCAUCACACAAGCUGCCAAAGAACUAAACAUUGGGUUAACACUCUUGAAGAAAAGGUGUAGGGAAUUAGGAAUUCGGAGAUGGCCUCAUAGGAAAUUGAUUAGCUUGCAGACCCUCAUCAAAAACGUUCAGGAACUGGGUAAAGAAAACCGAGAUGUGAGUCGAGAAAAGCUCAGGAAUGCAGUGGAGAUACUGGAGCAGGAGAGAAAGUUGAUGGAGGAAAUGCCUGAUUUGCAACUUGAGGAAAAGACGAAGAAGCUUAGACAAGCCUGUUUCAAGGCCAAUUACAAAAAGAGAAAACUUAUGGGGAUGAUAGAUUUACCCACUUCGUCAACCACCAAUACAUGGCCGGAGUCUUAUGAUUCUCUCUGUGGAGAGAUUCAAACUCAAAAAAGAGGGCAAAGUUCAAUGUAA